GCUUAUAAAUACACAUUCACCACUCUGCAUUUUCUCAAGCUAAAGCAAAAAAGAAAAACAGUCCUUCAAUUUCCUCUAAAACUUUCCCCUUUAUUUCUCUCUCAUUUCUAUUCUUCAAAAACAAAACAAAAUUAAUAAAAAAAACUCCAAAAAUAAAAAAGAAAAAAAUGAGAACAGGAAGUGGUUUUUCUACUUCAUUACCAACAAUAAAAGCUACAUUUUCACCGCCGGCGAUAGUACAAAGAUCGCCGUGGCAUUCACCGGUGCCGUACCUCUUCGGCGGAUUAGCAGCCAUGUUAGGAUUAAUAGCUUUUGCUCUACUAAUAUUAGCUUGUUCUUACUGGAAACUCUCUUCCCAUUUAAGAGAACAUGACGAUAAUCAGUCACAAGAUGAUACUGAGGCCGGCGCCGGUGAGAAACUGGCGACCGGAGUUGUGAAGGCGGUGCCGGAGUUUGAAGAGAAGAUUGUUGUUAUAAUGGCUGGCGAUUUGAACCCAAGUUUUUUGGCUACGCCUAUGUUAAAUAAAGGCGCUGCCGCAACUUUUUUAAAUAAAUGUGAGGAGAAAUUGGAAAAGAGAAUUGAAGAGAAGGAGAAAUUAGAAGAAGUAGUGAUUGAGGUUAGAGAAGAGAGUAAUGGAGAUUCUCAACACAGCCAUGGACAAAACCAGUGAGCUCAAAAUAUAGCCUGAUCGUUUCUUCUUUCUUCAUCUUCUUUUUUUUGGGUUGAUAAUCCUUUUUUUAAUCUCCUUUUUUGCUUGAAUUUCCAGUUUUGAGAUCACAGGGAAUUGUAUAUUAUCGGUUGAGAUGAGAAAGUGUGUAAAUUUAUUUUCUAUUAUUUUAUUCUCUGUUCCAUUUUA